AUGCAUGAGCAAGGUAAAAAACAUCGAGAAAAUCAGGAAAAGUUUCUUAGGGAUAUUUAUCGUAAAGAACAUGAAAGCCGUAAAGAGGCAGCGAAAACUAAACGAGAAUUAGAAAGAAUUGAAAAGGCAGCAAUGAAACAAUAUAGAAGAGAUAUUGCACUUGAAGCUCCUGGUGCUACUUCAUCUAUAAAGCCUCCAACUGAUUUAACACCUACAAAAAAUAUUGGUUAUCAUGAUAUUGUUUAUGCGGGAUCUGCUACACCACUACAUACUUCAACUGCACCUCUACCAGCUCAACCAGUGAUCACGCAAACAAGAGCACCAAUAGUGGAAGAUAGAGGAGAUGGUACUGAACCUGUUAUAGGUGAAUGGAGGCCCGUAACUCCACCCCCAUUACCAACUAUUCGUAAUUCACAUAUUAAGGAAGAUCAUGAAGAAUUGGACCUGGAAUUAGUAAAAAUAAAGAAAGAGGAAGGCGUAGACGAAAAAAGCAAUGUUGUUUUCAAAAAAAGAAAAUUUGGAAAUAGCAAUAAUAAAUCAAGAAAUAUUAGGAAAAAGAUUGACCAGUAG